AUGCAAGGUCCAAAUCGAAGUUUAUCAUCCCUAGAAGAUAUAAAAGGAUACGUCACCUCGGUGUCUGUUCUUGCCAUUUUUGCACCAUUUGCUCUUAUCAUUGCCAAAAUAUUUGUCAAGUAUUAUGCAUGGUACAGUGCUAGACAAUCCUUCGCAUUUGGGCACAAUCUUCAUCUUAUUGUUGAAUACAUGGAGCAGCUACCAGAUAGAAGUCAGCAUGUCGAGGAAGUCAUUAAAAAUAUGUCGUCUCCUCUUAUAGUCACAGGAGAGGACACAUUGUUGGUAGAGAAGAACCCCCAUCGUUACACUUUUAGUAGAGGUGAUGAGACAGGGAUGAACAACAAUAGCUUAGUGACCAUUGACAAAGUCUGGGAGUCAGAUGACAUCUUUUACAAGUCAAUGGCACAACUCAAGGAUCUAUGUUUUUCAUUUGCAUUGUUCAAGCUGCUAAGGUGUUGUUUCGCAAAAGACACCGCCGCUGAAACUGUCUUCAUGAAGGCCUGCAACUUCUUAUGGCAUCUGCUGGCCGAGGAUGGGGAUGGUGGAAGGGUACUUGGGUUGAUUGCGUAUGAGCUUUCCUUUCUACAUGACUAUUAUUAUUCCUCCCUUCCAACCUCAUAUUCCAAGAGUUGGCUGCCAAUCUUGAGCAUAUCCCAUUCACUCCUGAGCAUUGGUUAUUGUUUAUUGGCUGCAAUUAUUCUGAAGAUAUGUUUACCCCGCUAUUGGAGUGAUAAGGGUGCACAGAUAUGUUGUCGUGUUCAGUGCAAGUUGAAUCCUAGUGGAGUUGGUUCUGAGAUGCCUUUUGGAAAUUUAUUGUUUGAUUUGUUGCCAUUGUUCUCACUAGCUACAUUAGUCGUGCUUUGUGAGGUGAGUGUUAGAAUAAAAUGCUAA